AUGUCUGCCAACGGGCAUACCGAUCGAUCAGAUGAAAUUAUCGCUGGAAUAAUUAUGUUUACGAAAAUCCAAGCGUCAUCAAAUUAUAUUCAGGUGAGCGUUGUCGGAAGUGUGCUGAAUGUCUCGGCUGUCGUGCUGAUCUAUCGCACGCCAUGGUUCCACAAUGCGUUCGGUUUCAUUUGUGCCUCGCAUUUGCUGGCCGAUGUUGGUGUCCUCGUUAUUUUCAUGUUCUGGGCCGCUCCGGCGGCGUUAUUGGGCUAUGCUGAAGCGAUAACUGAGUCAUACUUCGGCGAAAGAAUGGGUCAACUUACAAUGGUGUUCUGGUACGCUGCCAUAUAUGGACAACUACAAAUUGCUCUCAAUCGACUUAUAGCUAUUUUAUCUCCGAUGUUGUACAAGUUCGUUUAUUGA